UAAGUAUAAUACUAAAAUCAUAUAUAUAUAUAUAUAAUAGUAUAUUGUUAUGUGUAUAUAUAUAUAUAUAUUGCAUGUGUUAUAUUAGUGCAACGUUUUUGGAGUAGUGAAUUGAAUUUCUGUCUCUGAUGUUUUUCACAUCUCAAGUCGAGUUGCAGUUUAGCAUGGUCGUGUGGCGCGAGCUUCUCCGUGGACUCGCGGUGGAGACGCUUCGCAUCGGGGCCUCGUGGGUGGCUGAGCUGAGCCGUCCAAAGACACCAUCAAGCUGCUUGGACCGGGUGCUGGAUCUUGAGGGAAGACUGAGGGAUUCUUGGCAAUCGGGUGAGGAUCUGAAAAAGUGUGAGCUUCACAAGGGGCAGUUGUUGGAAUUGGUGGCGCAGCCAGGUCCUUUGAUUCAUUUGGUGAUUUUCAUUGUAGGGCUGGUAAGUGGUUGCAUUGGUACUCUGUUGAUUUUGAGCUACGGCCAGAGAACGGUCGCUCAGAGGGGUCAGCCGCUGGAGAUUUGCUUGCCCUAUCAGAAAUCUCCCUGCUCUAUCGGCAAAGACGCUGUGGAGCAGGAUGGAGACACCUACAGUGAGAUCAAAAGGAUGAUAGGCGGCCGGUUGCCCAGCGGAGUGAGAGAUCAAGAUACUUAUUUGCCUCGACACUCCGAUCUGGGCACCAUUGGGCCAGAAGAAGCGCGGAGUCUGGUUUUUCGGGCCGAGCGCAUGCAAAGCGGUGUGGUGGAGCGCCGCCGGGUGACCGGCAAAGUCGAUGAGCAUGGCAGAGUUUUCAGGGACGGAGGCACGGGAGGUGGUGUGGCUUCAGUUCCUGUUGCAGCACUAGGACCUGCAGACCUUUUGUGGCUGGUGGUUUUUCGGACGGGCUCUGGAGAUCUGGGGGAGGAGGUGACUCCACCUUCUGGCAGUCGGACCUUGGAGGUGAGUGGAAAACGUUUUCACCUUUUUCCUUGUGGUGACGAGGUGCCAGAUGCUCCUGACUACGCAGCUGGGGAAGAUAUGCUCGGGUAUCGUGAGAGCGGGGAUGGCAGCAUCAUUGAUCCCGCUCUGACUCAACAUGCUGCCCGGAAGCAAGCUCAGAGGGCAGAGGUGCUCAAGCAAACCCGGCUGGCAGCGCUGAUGCAGCUGCUGAAGAAAAAGGCGUCGGGUUACAUGGAGGUACCCGACGGCCCCGGGCAGCUUGCUUCCUAUGUCCGGAGCCGGCUGUCACUUCCUAGAGGUCAGUGCAAUCCAGUUGAUCUAGUGUCGAUUCUCCCACCUAGAGAAAGAGACCAAUUGCUGAACUUCGAGACCAAAAUGUUGCUGAGUGACGAAGAGAUCGCGGCUGAGGUUGAGAAGGGCUUCGAAGGUUCCUCAUACAUUGACCCCCAACUUGACACAGAUCCUCAAAAGUAUCACGAGUUUAUUUCAGAUUUGUACAAUUGCAAGUUGAUACAUUUCACCAACCAGCCUCGAUGCCAAGUGGGUGCUUUUGUGGUGACCAAGAAAGGGGAUAAGCAGAGACUCAUUUUGGAUUGCCGCCCCGCGAACCGCCUGUUCAGGAGACCUCCAACAACGAUCCUGGGUUCGAGCGAAGCUUGGAAUCGUUUGGAGGCGGAGGACACGGCACAGAUUUUUGUGGCACAGGAGGACGUGAAAGAUUUUUUCUACCGGUUGCAAAUAGAUAUAGAGCUGGGUAGGUUUUUCAGUCUGCCUGUCAUUGACCCUGAGAAGCUUGAGCACAUUUUGGGCUUUCAACCGCCGGAGCUUUUGUCUUUUACUGCUGAACCUCAUCGGCCUAUUUACCCCUGCAUGAAGGUUUUACCCAUGGGUUUUUCAUGGGCUUUUCACCUGGCGCAUGAGUGCCACAUGGAACUGGCUCGGAGAGCCUUACCGCAGGUGCCUUUCCUGAAGGACAGGACACGUGCGCCGAGGUUGGGCACGGAGCCGGGGAGUGUUGGGACAGCAAUGCUGAUCUAUGCGGACAACAACAACCACUUGGGUAUAGCAGCAGAUACAGUGGAUAGGGAGCAACAGCAGAUGAUUACAGCACUACACAGCAAGAACUUGGCUACACACGACAUCACAAAUGCGAGUACACUAGCAGAGAGUCUGGGCGUCAGGAUCGACGGACUGGGCGGCAAAGUGCAACCGACCGCCCAGAGGGAUUGGCGCCUGGACAGGGUGAAAGUCUUCAGCAAGUCAGCAGCAGCGGAGGCCAAUCGGAGGAUGCAAAGCCCGGACCGAGAACGGCAAAUCAGCAGGAAGAGAAAGCUUUCUCGGAGUCGGAGUCGCUCACCAAAUGGCCGGGAGCCAAGAAGCACAGGGCUGCAGCAGCAGCUGAACUUGGUGAAGCAGAAGAGACAGAAGGCAAUGACCAGACAGAUGAAGUACGAAAAAAGACUUCGUGCGACUCGGGGAGAAAGAGGAAUCCUGGAAGACCACUCCGUGAAGGAGCCGCAGAGGAGAGACUAUGCGAGGAGGCUGAACGGGUUCUACGGGUUCAUCGCCCGGUUCGAUCUCCCGAUUGGCACGGAGGCAGAAUUAGAUGUAGCAUUGGUGGACUAUGCCGACCUUCUCUACCUAAAUGGGGAGGCAAGCGAUGCGGGGACAAAGCUGAAAGCCGCUCUAGAAUAUCACCGACCAGAAGCUGCAAGAAGUGGAACCCUGCACCUGCCCAGAUUCAAGAGAUCGUUGAAAGGGUGGAGGAAGUUGGCGCCAAACCAGACCAGGUUGCCAAUGGUGGAGCACGUCAAGAGUGCCAUCUCCGGAGUGAUGCUGCACCAGGGGUGGCCAGAGAUGGCGUUGUUCAACGAGUUGACAUUCUCCACGUAUGCCAGGCCAGGGGAGCUGAUGAAGGCAAGAGUCUGCGAUGUGGUGGGGAAGUUGAAGAAGGAGGACAACGACAUCAUAAUCCUUGCUCCUUUCGAAAGAGGGGAGGAGUCAAAGACUGGGAUUUUCGACGAGGUGUUGAUCCUGGACGACAAGAGGCUGAGCAGUCUAGGCCCGUUGACAGUGGGCAUGGCAGCAAAGAAGGAGAAGAAACAGGGGCCCCAAGCAGAUCUUUGGGACUUCAAUGCCAAAAAGUACUUGGAGGUUUGGAGGUCAUGCGUGGCAGCCUUAGGAGCAGAGGAGCUAGCAAAGUCACCCUACCAGAACAGACAUGGGGGGGCUUCGAGGGACCACUUGCAAGGUGUGAGGAGUGUACAGGCAAUCCAGCGUCGGGGGCGCUGGGCAGCAGACAGCUCAGCGCGCAUCUACGACAAACCAGGCAGACUGCAGCAAAUCCUGAACAAGAUGCCUCGGAACUUGGAAACUUUUGGAGAGCAGGUCAGACUGAACUUCGCAGAGUACUUCCAAGGUGGCACCUUCCAGUUGCCGAAAGAGGUCAGGAAGAGAGUCCUGGCAUGUUUCAAGGCAUGA